CUCGACGUAAACUAUCUGUAAAACUUGCACUCUGAGGGAAGAGGAGUACUUUGUGCCAGGUUAUGUAAUCCGUAGAUUACGUAGGGAGUUAAAUGACCGUGUUUUAUCCUAUUCGUAAGCGUAAUAGGAGUUAGAAUGUAUGAAUCUCUGCGAAGAAACUGCUAUAGAAGAGAAAUGAAGAGCGCGAAUUACGGCAGAUGAAUCAGAAGAGACGGCGCAGCAUCACCUGAGGCCAGGAGAAGGGUGUAUGCAAGAUUUGAUGAGACUGUCACUCAGCGGCCAUGACAGGAGAAACAGAAAAAGCACAGCACACUGACAAUUCUGUCAGUGAUGAUGAGUCGGAUGAAGAACCGUAUGAUGAGUUUAUGAGGCGGCACCUACAGCAGUAUGGAUUUUGCACUGAUUUAUUGCAUGACCACUGCAUUCCACGAUCAACACAAAUUGUAUUCGAGUAUCAUUCAGGACGCCGGGUGCCACGACUUCGUAAACCUAGAGAUCUUUAUGGUGUAUCUUCAUCUGACUCUGAACAACUAUCACGGUGGCCUUUUGAGUGCGAAGUGUUAAAGGAGAAAAUUCAUCAUAUUAACUGGGUGCCUUCAGUUCCAGAGCCUUUAUAUAAGCCAACAGGGCUAGAGAAAGAGCCAGUGUGUAUGGAUGCUACCUACGGUACAGUGGUUUAUGAAAUGGAUGGAGCCAAUAAGGAGCCGUAUUUCAUAUGCUCCCGAGUAGGAGGAUGCCGUGGACCACUGAAACGGGUAGCUGUGAACAUAUCUGACAUGGAAGACACUACUCUCAUCUUUGAGUCGCGCUUUGAAAGUGGAAACCUACAGAAAGCAGUUAAAGUUGGUGAAUAUGAUUAUGAACUGACCUUGCGCAAUGACUACUACACAAACAAACACACCCAGUGGUAUUACUUCAGAGUCAGCAAUACUAGACCUGAUGUUACUUACCGCUUCACCAUAAUUAACUUUUUGAAACCAUCCAGCCUGUACAACUUAGGCAUGCGACCUCUGAUGUAUUCUGAACUGGAAGCACACACUCGUCAAGUGGGCUGGCACAGAAUCGGGGAUGAAAUCAAAUACUACAGGAAUAACCUGAUGCAGGAUGGACAGCAGUAUUACUCCCUUACAUGGACUUUCCAGUUUCCUCACAAAAAUGACACAUGCUAUUUUGCACAUUGCUACCCUUAUACAUAUCGUGACUUACAGGAUUAUCUUAUCAGACUUGCCAAUGACCCUUGGAAGUCACAAUUUUGCAAAAUCCGUGUUUUGUGUCAUUCAUUAGCUGGAAAUAUGGUGUAUGUCUUAACCAUCACUAAUCCAUCACAGAGCAGAGAUGAAGCACAGCACAAAAAAGCUGUUGUGCUGACAGCAAGAGUUCAUCCAGGGGAAUCCAAUAGCUCUUGGAUAAUGAAAGGAUUCUUGGACUACAUCCUUGGGAAUUCAGCCGAUGCCACAGUACUUCGAGAUGCAUUCAUCUUUAAAGUUGUUCCCAUGUUAAAUCCAGAUGGAGUAAUUGUUGGUAAUUAUAGAUGCUCAUUAACUGGCAGAGAUCUGAACAGAAACUAUAAAACCAUCCUAAAAGAAUCAUUCCCUUCUGUCUGGUACACACGCAACAUGGUGAAAUUGUUAUUGCAGGAACGGGAGGUGAUUUUGUAUUGUGAUUUCCAUGGACAUAGCAGAAAACAGAAUGUAUUUGUGUAUGGAUGUGGAGAGUGCCUCCCAUCACCACUGAAGCAUCGAGCACAAGUCUUUCCUUUCAUGCUUAGCAGGAAUUGUCAAGAUAAGUUCUCAUUUUCUGACUGCAAAUUUAAAGUUCAGAAGAGCAAAGAAGGCACAGGUCGGGUUGUGAUGUGGAAGUUAGGAGUCAGCAACAGCUAUACUAUGGAGGCUUCUUUUUGUGGAUCUGUUAUUGGAAGGCGUAAGGGCACUCAUUUCAGCACAGAAGACUUUGAAUCCCUCAGCUACUGUUUGUGUGACACCUUGCUGGAUUAUUGUGACCCUGACCGUACAAAGUAUAUCCAAUGCCUUAAGAAAGUGGAGGAGAUCACAAAGCAGCACAUCAACUUGAAUACAGAAAUUCCUGAAGAUAAUGAUACUCUUCCAAUCAGCGAUGUGUCUGAUGCAGAGUCCAGACCCAUGGCAAACUUUCGCAUAAAUGGCUCUAACAGUUCAGAAUCAGAUGGCUUGCCAGUACAUCUCCUUGAAAUGGCUUCUAAGAUGAAGCCUAGGAAGAAACUUUUGAAAACAAAAAAAGAAAGGGAUAGUUUUCACAUGGCUCGACUAACAUCUGACAAUCAAAAAGCAGUGCAGGAUCAGGGUGAUGAAGCUGGGAGGCCAUGUGGAAAAAAACGUGCCAGCUUGAGGGGUCAUGGGGAUCACAUACUUGGAGAGAAUCUUGGAGAGAAACAAAUGACCCAAAAUCAGUAUGACAAUGGAUCUGCAAUGCAAAGACUAGAAUAUGGCCGAAAAAAUAGUUUACCCAUUUCAGAAGAAAAGCAGAUGAUCUGUGAUCGGGUGCCUGGAAAGGUUUGA